AUGGGGCUUUUUGAAUUUACUCUUAAACUUGCCUGUUUAGCUUCGAUGAUUUCUGUUUGUCUACAUACCCCUCACACAAUUAGUCAAUGGCCUUCAUUGCUUUAUUGGCUAUUAAUUAAUGAUAUUUUCUGUACAACAAUAUUCUCGAUUGAUUUACUUUUAAAGAUAAAUACAAAAACUAUAUUAAAAGACCGUUGGUGUCAGUUUGACUUGACUAUUUUAUUUUUUCAUUACGCAUCUAUUUGUAUUCAUUCUGCAGAAAUUUCUGAUAAAUUAUGGCCUUGGUUAAAUAUUAAAUAUGAGGGAUGGUGGGGGGCUGUACGUUCACCCAGACCAUUUAUUAUGUUAAAAUUUAUUAGAUCAAUUAUUCGUUUUAAAUUGCCACGUAAUAGAAUUCAAAUGAUUAUAAAGAGGUCUUCUCAACAAAUUCAAAAUGUUUCCAUUUUCUUUUUAUUUUUUAUAACUUUUUAUGCAAUUAUGGGAGUACAACUUUUUGGCCGGAUGGAAUUUCAUUGUGUUCUCCCAGGGACUGACCCUAAUAAUGUUACAAUUGCUGCUAUUCCUGAUACAAUGUGUUCUCCAGAUGGUCAAGGAUAUGAAUGCCCGCCAACAAUGGAAUGUAUGAAACUUUCUCUACGUGCAAACCAAAUUGGUUUUUAUGGAAUGUUUAAUGAUUUUGCAUCUAGUUUAUUUACUGUUUAUUUAGCAGCCUCUCAAGAAGGCUGGGUUUUUGUUUUAUAUGAUACUCUUGAUACUUUUCCUUAUUAUUUUGGUCUCUUUUAUUUUAUUACUUUAAUAUUCUUUUUGGCUUGGCUAGUUAAAAAUGUUUUUAUUGCUGUUAUAACAGAAACUUUUGCUGAAAUUAGAGUUCAAUUUAGUGAAAUGUGGCAAAGUAGAGAAGUACCUCCCAAUAAUAGAAAUCUAGAUAAUAUUAAUCAAAAUAAAUUAGAAAAAGAUGAAGAAGGAGAUUGGCAUAUUAAAGAAGUUGAUUCUAAAUUAUUAAAUUUUGGGGUAACAGAGAGGGGAACAUUUAGACGUCUAUUACUUGCAUUUAUAUGUUCAACAACCUUUCAAACUUUUAUACUUUUCCUUUCAAUUUUUACUUUAAUUUUUUGUAUUGAAUGUUUAAUUAAAAUAUUUGGACUUGGAUGGAAUGUUUUUUGGCGUAGAGGACAACAUAAAUUUGAGUUAUUACUUUGUUGUGGAAGCAUUUUAAAUAUAAUUCCAAAACUUUAUAAAACAAAUUAUUUUACUUAUUUUCAAGUUUUUCGUCUUUUACGAUUAGUUAAAUUAUCCCCAAUGCUUGAAGAUUUUGUUUAUAAGAUUUUCGGUCCGGGUAAAAAACUUGGAGGGCUUAUUUUAUUUACUUUAACAUUGGUAAUGAUUACCUCAGCAAUUUCUUUACAAUUGUUCUGUUAUGAAGGAUGGACAGAUGUUGUUGUUGAAAUUUUACGUUCAACAAAUGAAUAUUGGGUACCUUUUGUUGCAAUUUAUUUUGUUGGUUAUCAUCUUUUUGUUACUUUAAUUGUUUUAAGUUUAUUUGUUGCUGUAAUUCUCGAUAAUUUAGAAAUGGACGAAGAACUUAAAAAAAUAAAACAAUUAAAAGCUAGAGAAGAAACAACAACAAUGCGUACACAACUUCCUUGGAGAUUAAGAAUUUUCGAAAAAUUUCCAUCUCGCCCACAAAUGAUUGAAUUUAGAAAAAUUUCUCGAGAAUUUCCUUUACCCAAAAUGAGGGAUAGUUUUACUCGCCAAUUCCUUGUCAAUUUAUCAACAGAUUUUCUUGUUACUUCAUCAUCAAAAAAAGAAAAUUCUAGAGGAUAUGCUAAUAAUAAGGAAUUUUUAAAUAAAAUAACAAAAAAUUCAAAAAAGGAAAUAACAAAAGAUAAUCAAAAGUUUUUUAAAUUUAAAAAACUUUUUUUUAAACAAACAAAUCAAAAUAUGUCAAAGAAAGCUGUUGGAAAUUUAAUUGAUGAAUCAAAUAAACAACGUUCACUUCUUUCUGAUACUUCUCAACAUAUUGGGGGAGUUAAUGCUUGGAUUAGAGGGGCAAUUGGAGGAGUAACUAGAAGAAGACGUGAACAAGAAAAUCAGCAACAAAAAACAUUUUCUUUCCAAAAUGUUGAAAAUAAAAAAGAAAAUGGGGGAGAUAUUAGUAAAUUAAUUGAUACUGCCCCUAAAGAGAAUACUGGAAUUAAAUCUGGGGGAUUAGAUAUUAUUGAUAUUAAAGCAUUACAGAGGAAAAGGGAUCAAGCAGAAUUUACUAGAAAUCGAAUAGAAGAAGAAAUGAGAGAAAAUCAUCCAUUUUUUGAUUCCCCUCUUUUUAUUGUUGGAAGAAAUUCAAGACUUAGAAGAUGGUGUUUGUUUAUUGUUGAAGCUAAAUAUUGUAUUAUAGACGAACAAAUGAAUGGAUCAUUUCGUGGAAUUAAUAAUUUUAAAAAUAUUUCUACAGCUAGAAAACCCCUUGUUUCAUUAAAUAAAUAUAAACAAAUUAAACAAUUAAUUGGAUUACUUACUUAUUUGGAUUGGACAAUGGUUUUAAUUACUUUAUUUUCAUGUUUUGCUAUGCUUUUUGAAUCUCCUUGGCCUAUUUCUGGCGAAAAUAUGAUUUUUAAAAAUAAAUAUUUUGAGGCCUGUGAUUUUAUUUUUGUGUUAGCAAUGAGUAUUGAAUUAACACUUAAAAUUGUUGCUCAUGGACUUUUCUUUACCCCAAAUGCUGUUGUUCGUGAUGUUGGUGGAUUUGCUACACUUUUUAUUUUUGGAAGUUCUUUGUGGUAUUUAAUUUGGAUGCCAAAAUAUGUUCAAGAAAAUUCAUUUGCACAAUUUUUAAUGAUUUGUAGAGCUAUGCGUCCACUUCGAAUUUAUACUUUAGUUCCGCAUAUUCGACAAGUUGUUGUUGAACUUUGUAAAGGAUUUCGUGAAAUUCUUUUAGUUACAAUUCUUCUAAUUCUUUUUAUGUUUAUGUUUGCAAGUUUUGGUUUGCAAUUUAUUGGUGGAAAGUUAGCUGCUUGUAAUGACCCAACAAUCACUUCUAAGGCAAUUAAAAUAAUAAAUUUAAUUAAAAAAAUUCUUUUCAGAAAAAUUGUGUUGGACUUUUUGAACAAAAAUUAUUUGUUACGAGAAUGGAAGUUUUUGGAAAAGACAAAUCCUCGUAACUUUAAUUUUGACCAUAUUGGUAAUGCAAUGCUUGCUUUAUUUGAGACACUUUCAUAUAAGGGAUGGAAUGUUAUUCGUGAUAUUUUAUGGGCUAGACAGGCAAAAAUAAAUUAUAUAUUUAUUAAAAAUAUUAAAAUUAUUUUUGAGGGUCCUUGGGCCGUUUUAUUUAUUCAUGUUUAUGUAUUUAUUGGGUGUAUGAUUGGUUUAACUCUUUUUGUUGACGUUGUAAUUGCUAAUUAUAUGGAGAAUCGGGGGACAGCACUUUUAACUGUUGACCAAAGAAGAUGGCAUGAUUUAAAAGCUAGACUUAGAAUGGCACAACCUCUUCAUGUUCCUCCACGUCCUGCUGAAUCCUCAAAAAUUAGAAAUCGACUUUAUGAAUUAACAACAAGUCGUUCAUUUAAACAAUUUUAUGCAAUUCUUGUCGUUCUUAAUUCUGCUACAUUAGUAGUACCCUGGAGCGUUGAAGAAGAAGAACAACGUCGAACACUUUUAUUAAUAUUUACUUCGUUUGCUGGUAUUUGUUCUUUCCUUUUUACUAUAGAAAUUUUACUAAAAAGUAUUGCAUUUACCCCUCACGGAUUUUGGCAAAGUCGUCGAAAUCGUGUAGAUUUAUUAAUUACUUGUGUCAGUAUUUUUUGGUUAAUUGCCCAUUUUGGUAUUAGCGAAGUUGCUUUACCUAUUGUUUCUUUACCACCUUCACAGUUUAGAAGAUUUACUUAUACACUUGGUUAUAUUAUUGGAAUUUUACGUUUCUUUACUAUAACUGGUAGAAAAAGUACUUUGAAAAUGUUAAUGCUUACAGUUUUGUGGUCUAUGGUUCGUUCUGCAUUUAUUAUCGCAGCAAUGUUUCUCCUUAUUUUAUUUUAUGCCUAUGCUGGGGUUAUUCUUUUUGGAACAGUUAGAUAUGGUCAAGCACUUUCAAAACAUGUAAAUUUCCGUUCAGGAAAACAAGCAUUAAUGGUUUUAUUUAGAAGUAUUACAGGAGAAGAUUGGAAUGAUAUAAUGCAUGAUUGUAUGCGUUCCCCUCCAUAUUGUUAUUGGGCACCUUCUUUAAGUUAUUGGCAAAGUGAUUGUGGAAAUUAUAUGGCCGCAAUACUUUAUUUUUGUUCUUUUUAUCUAAUAAUUGCUUAUAUUGUUUUAAAUUUACUUGUUGCCGUUAUUAUGGAAAAUUUUUCUCUUUUUUAUUCUUCUGAAGAAGAUGCUUUGUUAAGCUAUGCAGAUAUUCGAAAUUAUCAACAAGUCUGGAAUAUGGUAGAUCUAGAACAAAAACAUUCCAUUCCUGUACGUCGAGUAAAAUUUUUGCUUCGGCUACUUAGAGGCCGUUUGGAGGUUGAUCUAAAUAAAGACAAACUUCUCUUUAAACAUAUGUGUCACGAAAUGGAAAGACUAAACAAUGGGGAAGAUGUUUCUUUCCAUGAUAUUCUGAGUAUGCUCUCCUAUCGAAGUGUUGAUAUUCGUAAAUCAUUGCAAUUAGAUGAAUUAGUACAGAGAGAAGAAUUGGAAUAUUUAAUAGAAGAAGAGGUGGCAAAACAGACAAUUCGUGAUUGGUUAGAAUCUUGUUUAAUUAAAAAUAAACAAUUAAAGAAACAACAACAAGAAACGGCAAUGGGGGAUUUACUUACACAAAUAAGAAGUACUACAACAACACAAACUUGUCAGACAAAAUUAUUAUUAAAACAGCCAAUAAGUCCUAAAAAACAAAUUAAAUGUGAUAGAAAAGAAAGUUCUCCAAAUAAAAAAAGUAGUGAAGGAAAUUCUGAAAUAGUAACUUCCUCUUUUGUAAAGAAUGAAGAACAACCAAAUAAAGUUGCCGAAAAAGUUGAUAAACGACGUCGUAGCAGUAGUAUACCAGAAUUAGUUGAGGAGGCAAAACGUUUUGUAUGGGGUGGUCGACUAAAAUCAUUACCACGUAUAAAUUUCGGUCGUCAAAGACAAUUACAAUCUACAAAUAAUUCAAUAAAAGAGGAAGGAGUAACAGGAAGUAAUAAACAGCCAGACAGACCAACAAUUUCAAUAAUAUCAGAAUUAAUUGCUGGGCAAAUGUGUCAACAACAACAAUUAUUUGAAAUUGCCACAAAAGAUCAAAAUAUUUCUUUAAAUAAAAAUCAAAUUGAAGAAAAUAGAAAAUCUUCCCUAAGUCCAUUAGGUAGGACAGGAAAAACACACCUUUCCCCAACAACAUUUUCAAUUAAACGAGAAAGAGAAGAAGAGGCAGAAAAGUUAUCUGUAGAAGAAACAGAUGUCCGUAGAUUGUCUUUAGCUGCUUAUUUGCAACAGCUUGAUUCAACUAAUUAUUCAAAUAAAAGGAAGAUUCGUGCCACAACUCAACAACAGAUAAAUAGUAUUAACGUAGAUAAUGUAUUAGAUUGGUGGGAUAAUAUUGAAUAAAUGAUAUUAAUUUUCUUAUAUAUUUUAUUUAAAAAUGCUUUUAUCAAAGAAAUUAAUUAUUAUUUUACAUUAUAUUUACAUUAUACAUAUGACUCAUUAUACUCUGGAUAGUUAUUUUUUCAACUCUCGUUUAGGACUGUAAUUAAUCAAGGGAGGGCUAUUCCAACCCUUAUUUCCACCCGUUCAUUAAGAGUUAUCAAUGCCCAGCUUCAUCUUCCCAUUUUCGGUCCUAUAUU